AUGUCUUUUAAUACACAAGGUUCUCCUGUAUUUUGGAAUAAUGAACAAUAUUCAACACCCAAUUUAUCAGAAGCGAAACAGGAAGGUGGGUCCUAUAGUGGUGUACCAGAGUUUGCUGAAUUAAACCAAGAGAAUAUAAAUUUAUUCAACCAAAAACAAAAUGACCCCUGUGACUCCUUCCAAGCUGAACAAAAUCAAUACAAUCAAGCAAAUUUCGAACACACCAACAACAGCUUUGCACUUCAAGAGCAACAAAUAGCAUACUCGUCUUCGCAAAAUGGAUUUCCUUAUCAAAAUGUGCCGCCACUUAAUUCAACGCUUUCGCAGAAUUCCCAGGGCAACAUUAGCUAUGCGUCUGCUGAUCUUUCUCCGAAUCAGAUCAAUAAUAACCAUAUAACUUCACCUGGUACCUCAGAAACUUCUGCCGGUUAUGAUAUUGACAAGAAAGUCUUGAGUGAUCAAGCCAAUGGACACAAAAAGAAAACAAAGCGACAAUUGCUAGACGAAGAGGAUGCCAUAUUGAUUGCUAGAGAUGACUCAGAGUUGACCGAUGAAGAAUUGCAGAUGAAGAGAAAAGCGCAGAAUAGAGCGGCACAGCGUGCAUUCAGAGAGCGUAAGGAAACAAAGUUGAAGGAAUUAGAAGCCAAGUUGUUACAAAGCGAAGAAGAGAGGCAGAAGUUAGUGGAACAGCUAGAGGCGAUUAGGAAACAGAAUUUGUCAAUAUGCACUGAAAAUGAGAUUUUAAGAACUAAUGAAGGGUCACUAACCGCGAAUAAAACAACGGUGGACAAAUUUCAUUUCCCACAAACACAGGAUGACUUCAUUGAUGAAAUAACCCGCGGCACAAACCACCAAGUUAAAAAAGACACCAUAAACAAAGUAUACAACAAUCCCGAAGGUGACAAGUUGCUAGCUCUAGGGGCUGUAUGGGACUAUUUACAGAUCAAAGUCGAGGAAGCAAAUUUGGAUUUGUCAACUAUCGAUUUUAAUGAAGUUAUGGAUAGAUUAAAAGGUAAUGAGAAAUGUCACGGUUACGGUCCAGCAUACCCAUUAAGUUUAGUUCAACAAGCUGUAGAGGCCAGUUUUAAGUGA